CUUCAUUUGGACCCCAUCUUUGGAAAUGCACGGAUUGAUAAUUCCCUUUCUUUCUAUCAAUGUUGAGCUUUAUGAUCAGCAGAAGUAGUCCAUUUCAAAAUUUCAACUUCCUGUCAAUUUUUCCAGGUGUGUGUGAGAGAGCUACAAUUGAUAAAUCAUGCCACAAAAGGAGGCCAAAUAAGUGUUUGAAGGCAACAAAACUCCCCCAUUACAUAUACUUUCAAAGGAAUUGACCAAAUGAUGGCCUAACCACAUAUAUAUAGUUUGAAGGAAUUGACCAUGUGAUGAAGAUGUAUGAGUUGGUCCACAUACAACAACCAUGCAUGCAUCUCCCUAGCUAGCUAGAGUACUAGCUAAUUUUUGUCUUCCAAGUAAUUGAAUUUAGUUAGUAGCUAGACCAUAGUACUCUCAGUCGGACCUACAUCGGUUUUCAAUGUUACUAUUGACGAGUAGGUUUCACGGAUAUGAGAGAAGGGAACCUCUGUGUUGUCGGUAACUAAUAAGCAGUUCAUCUUACUGUGAGUAAAAUCACGAAUAAAGAGACCGAGUAAAGAGGGAACGAUUGUAUGGGACUCCAACUGACAUGUUGGUUUACGAUGUGGCCUAGUCUAAGUGGUUGUUUGAAUGGAUUAAUUGUCAAUGUGGUAUUUGUAGAGUCAAAUAACUCAUUUACGGUUCAUGUGGUAUUUCAGUGGUAAUUUGACAUGUGAUAUUUAAAAUAUCUCGUUUGUUUGGACCAUUCACAAGUGGUAUUUGACACUAACAGAGGGGUAUAAUGAGUUAUUUCCAAAUAAAACGGAAGGUAGGAGUUAUUUCAAAUAACUCAUCUCAAUAAAGUAUUGUCAAACGAGUUCAUUGGCCCAAAUAACUUACUACCUAAAAAUCUCAUCCUAACAAUUCCUAAAUUAUUUGAUGUACCUUUCUAACACCAAUGACUUGUACGGAUCGUUUGGAUGAGGUAAUUCGAUGAGGUAUUUAAGCUGAAAUAACUCGUUUGGAAAAAAUAAAAUGAAAUGCGAUAUUUUGUUCACGAGGGAAUUGAAAUAACUCAUUGUGAGUAUUUGAAAUACCUACCACCCUAGUUAUUUCGAAUAACUCAUCUCUCAACCUCUUUUUUUUCUCUCUAUCCCUUCUCUAAGUGGUAAAAUAACACAAUUCUUUAAUGUUUUAUCUAAACAAGACAAUUGACCAAAUUACCACAUUCCAAACUUAAAUACCAUAUGAAAUGUCACAUAUCAAAAUAAUGCAACAUUUUGAUUCGAAAUACUACAGAACAAAAAUGAUGCAUCCAAACAACUCGGUAAAAAGAUCUUUGUAGGUUAUAUUGUACACAUUAAGCAUGUCACUUUGUGUACUCCUCUACUCAAUGCCUACAUGCCAACAUGUAGUAGGAGGAAAAAUUUAACCUUUGACCUUGAUCUUAGGUGGAACCCUAUGUUUGGAGCAAAAAAAUAUAUAUGUGUAGGUCCUCAUCAUCAUAAUCAUCUCUUGGAAAGAAAAAUUUCCCCCUUUAUGAUAUGCCCAAGUUUAACUUUUUUGAUUGGUUGAAUGUUUCUAUUAUAACCUCUUCCUUUCAAUUUUUCUUUUUUUUUUCUUCUUAAGGGCAGGCAGUAGAGUGGUGUUAUUUUUUUGUGGAUGGCAUUUGGUCAAAUCCACACCCAUAUUUAAGUUUUGCCAUAUUUGGUGGUGGAAACAUUGGAAUCUAUUCACUCAUUCAAAGAAAGAAAAAAAGAGUUGGGAGUCAAGCUCAAACCCCAUGAAAUGAAACACACAAACAUAACCCACAAGUACAACUUGUCUAUGAAAAUAUUAGAGCUUCUUUUUGAUCAACGACCCAAUAUUGAAUGUUAGUUACGUUGUUAAUUACCAAUUAGAUAACAUGCAUAUGCAAUCCCUAAUCAAAUUGAAGAAUCUGUUCAUCAUUCAAACUGCAUAAAGUUCAGACAUUUUUUGGGCCAUGAAUAAGAAUGUUUGGGCUUUGGAGCCAUGUGGUUAGGGCAAAGGUUUGGCCUUUUGGGAGAGCAUGUCCAUGGAAACAAACACAUCUUUAUGAAUUAUGAGGAAGAAACACAUAUGACUUUAUGAGUGUGUAUGUAACAUUGUCCACAAUUGCAACAUGUAUCGUGGGAGGUUUGGGAAUCAUAAUAAUAAUAAUAAUGCAACAGCAUAUUGGUUAUAUGGGGAAGAAGAAAAGAAGACCAUGUGGGAUGGAUGGACAUUUCUGCUAAUGCUUCCAUACAUAUACUCAGAGAAUGUGGGAGAUGACACCAUCACUCGAGGUAAAAUUGUUGAGAAUCUCGGGUGACCCGGGAGAUGGGUUUCGGAACGAAUCAUUCACAUAUAUGUAUUGAUCGCUACGAUCGACAGAUUUCAUCUCACGUUUGUUUUGGUGGCGAUCAUCUUGCAUCUUCUAAGCAACAUGUAAUGGACGUUUCUCUACUUUUUUUUUGUUCAGACUAUUAACCGUGUCUGUCGGGUUGAUACUCCGGAGAUCGAUAUACUACCCAUGUGUUGUUUCUAAGUGCUGUUUAGGCUUUGACAACUCGUUAUCAGGUCUUCAAAGUAGUGAGUCUGUCAUUUUACACUAGUUUCCAGGAAAUAAAGAACAAAGAAUGUUCUCUUUGCUUACUUCUUAACAUACUUUCUGAGUCACAGCUCCACUUCCGUUUGCCCUUUGCUCUCUCCCUUCAUUCUCUUCCUCGGUAAGCAAAGAACAAGAAUCUAAGCCAUCUUCCACUCUACCGAAUCCGUGUUCCCAAAAUUUCAUUAGUUUCUCACAUCUUUUCCCACUAUGGCUACUGUUGUGUUUUGACCUGAAGAUAGCAAACUAACCAAACCCAGAUGUGCUUAAGAAUCUAUGAAUUACGCGUAACCUGAUAUAUUUGACAUAUAAUCUGCAGAUUUGACAAAAGCAACUUCGUUAGGAAUCAAUUACUGCCAACAAAGAUUUAACUAUAAAGCAAGCUUCAUUAGGAAUCAAUCUAGUGCCGAAAGGCUAUCUGGUUUGUGUAUAUAUACAUGCAACUGUGUCUACAUGUAAUCUAUCUACAAAGCACGGAACCAUCUUCUGCAAAAUCAUGGCUGGUAAAAACAGAGACAACAAGGCACAAGACAAGCAGCAGCAGCAGCAGCCUCCAGAUGGAUACCCAACAGAGAUUGACACUACUCACCCUACUGGAAAGAAGUGCUGCCCUCAAACAAAGAAGAAAGGAGACAGAGGCUUCAUUGAAGGAUGUCUCUUUGCUCUGUGCUGCUGCUGGCUUUGUGAAGCUUGUUUCUGAAUCUUUGCUAAGUUUAAUCAACAUGGCCUAGUUUCUACCUUAUAGUCUUUCAUUGCUUGUCAUCUAUCUGUGAUUAAAUGUUUUCUCUUUCCCCUUCUCUGUCUUAAGGAAAGUAAAUUGCUUGUAUGAUUAUAGCUUCCCCCCCUCCCCCCCCCCCCCCCCCCCCCCCCCCCCCCUAAUGUUGUAAAAUAAAGUGAUUCCUAGAUCUUUGUUCUCUUUAUCCAAUUACUCCUGCUAUUUGGUUCUUGACAAAAGGUAGAUCUCCAAAAUCGUUGCAAGUCUCAAUAACAGGCUAAUGUCAAAAUAACAGAAGGGUGACUCAACUUAGUAGGAAAUAUAGCAACAAAAAAUAC